AAAAAUAUCUAUGUUACAUAGAAAUGGAAGUUGAUACGUGGAAGCAGAAGCUUAUGGAAGCGCAGAAACAAUGUUUCUUAAAAAAAUCAGGAAGCGCAGAAAUGGAGUCUUUCAACACGCUCUUUCAGUCAAAUGAAACAGAGAGAUACGAAUCUCGUCCUUUUUAUAGUUGGUGGAUACAACUGGUCACUUAUUGUGUACCCCAACGGAUACAGGCAGGAUAGUGGUUCAGGGUUCAUUUCGCUUUAUGUAGCCAUAGACAACUCAACUCUCGUUGAAGCACAUCAAGAGGUUUUCGCGGAUCUCAGAUUUUACGUAUUCAAAAAUAACGAGAGGAAGUACUUCACCAUCCAAGAUACUCAUGCAUGGCGAUACAAUAUUUUCAAAACGAUGUGGGGAUUCUCUCAGGUCCUCCCUCUUGCUACCUUCAGAGACCCGAGCAACGGAUACCUUUACGAUGAAGAUCACUGCGAGUUUGGUGUUGAUGUGACUAUUCAUUCUCCUUUUCAAAGUUCAGAACUUUUCUCUGUAGCUAGGAACUUUGAUAAACCGAGGUUCAGCUGGACCAUUCGGAGUUUCUCCGCGUUGGUCGGAGAUACGUACUUCUCUGAUACAUUCUCCGUGGGAGGAAGGAAUUGGAAUAUACAAGUAAAUCCAAGUGGCCGUGCAACAAGAGAGGGAAGAGCCUUGUCGAUGUAUCUUCUCCUUAAUGCGAACGAGAAGGUCAGACCCUACGAGAAGAUUUAUGUUCGAACCAAGCUUAGAGUUGUUAACCAACUAAUCUUUUCAUUUUUUUUGGGGAACCAUAGAAAAGCAAAGAGGAGGAAGAACCAGCGCUUAUGAAACACGCGUCAGACACAGAAGUCUCCUCCUCUCUCUCAUCUCUAUAAUUCCAAAACGUGUGAUUGAUCUCGAACGGGAGAUUCGAUCUGGUACAGUCCAUGUUUAGAACAACAAGGAGUCUUUUGUAAUCACUCCCAACAUCUUCACUUGUAAUCUCCUCGUGAAAGCUUUGUGUAAGAAGAACGAUGUGGAGAGUGCCUACAAGGUGCUCGACGAAAUUCCCGAGAUGGGUCUGGUGCCAAAUCUGGUGACGUACACGACUAUUCUUCUUUAAGCCCUUAAUUUUGUUGCGACAUCAGAGGCUCUGCGCAUUUCUCCAUCUGUUGUAGCAGUAAUCAUUUCAAGCUUUAGAUUAGACAUGCUUUGGGACGCUGGAAUUAACAGCGUCAUCGUUUCCGGAAACUUUAAAUCAACAGCCAAUCGCUAGCGUCCAAACUCUCACAUCGUUGCCGGAAAUCUGAAGUCAAUUGCCGUUGUUACUGUGCUUUUCUGUUUGCUGGACGCUUAACGUAGCGUCUUCGUUCCGAACAGGGCUAAUGUCAUAUGUUCUUGUUAUGGUUCUGCGCAUAUGCUUGUGUCUUAUGCUUAUUUUUUUUUGAUCAAUUAUGCUUGUGUCUAUGUCUCUUCUGUAUCUUCUUCUUAUGUUUAUAUAAUCUUCACUCUCCACUUGUAGCAACA